AUGGAUAGGGUCAAUGUAAACACGUACACAAAAUUCAAAGUUAGCCUGUUUGUAUACAACUACGAAUGGCAUCAGUAUGAUGGAGUUGUCAGUCUGAAGCCAGAUGCUAGCCUGCUAAGGAAAGGUAUCAACUGGUUUGUUGGCAAAUACGAGAAAGAUUGUGAAGCUUAUGCCUCAACGUUUGCUAAAUUCUUUUGUCCCACCUGGUUCAGGCCGGAGUUCAAAGUGAUGGAUGCUGCAGUGACAUACCAGGAGUCUAUUGACCAUCUAGAAAGCUUAUACAUUGGACUGCGAAAUGUCUAUGUAGUUGACGUUCGAUGUUUUAAAAGUGAAGAGGAGUAUGCGAGCAAAUUUGCAGAGUGGAUAAUUUCUCCGUUGGCAGAUUUUCUGGCACGGCAACACAUAAUUACUGAUGGCCUUUGUAUCAAAAUUAUACGUUCCCUUAGUGUUGUUGAGGUUUGCGAAAAACUGAAAUUGCCACUUGUGGAAAAAACAUGGCAGAAAGUGUGUAAAUGUUUGUUAGUGAAUAAAGACGAAGUCAACAAAACAUGUGUAGAACUGAAAGAUGUAUCUGAAUACUUUGAGGACAAGAAGCAAGUGGCUAAAUUUCUGGAAAAAUUUGUAGCACGAGUAAGCACAUUUGGCAAGAAUCCAUGUUGGCUCUACUGUAUGCCACUCAUACAUUUUCUUGAAGCCAUUUGUUUGCCUUUUGCUGAACCAACAAAAGAGAAGAAUCAUGAUGAUUAUGUACCAAAAUGGUGGGGAAUUGCAGAAUUGAAAAAGACAGUAGAUAUAUUCAAACGUGAUUGCCAUAAAUGGAAAACUCCCAUUGUUGAUGUAAUAGGAAUCUUGCAGCCUUUGUUUGAGAUGGAUUUUUAUCUUCCAAGAAGUAUUAUAGCUUCAAUGAGGCCAUAUGAGUGUAGAGAAAUCAUUGGACAAGAAAUCUUUCCCGUGGAGGUGUGCUGUGCUACAAUUUGCUUUUACAUCGAGGACACUUAUCCAAAGUUUUGCACGAGCAGUCGGUCAUUUUCGGAUGUUUCCGGAGAAGAGAGAACUGUUAUUGAGUGCAUCACAAAGCUAAAAGACAGACUUAAAGGAUAUUCCUGUUCAGCUAAAUGUGCGAGAACAAAGUGGUGGCUAGCGUUUAUGAUCUCGUUUGAGUGUAUUCAGAAAUCAUUAAAUACAAACCGAACUUUGAAAGUGAUGCACAGUGCACAGAUAUUUCUUUCCUGCAUUUCGAUAUACAAGCGCAUUUGUGAGCAGUCUGACAAUGAACUUGGGAAAAAUGAAAUGGAAUGGCAGACACAACACGAUGAACUAACCAAGCAAGCAUGCGACCAUGUGCUGAACUGGCUUAAUUUGUACGCAAAUGAAAAGUGGAACAUUCAUAUGGCUGAACUUCUUACAGGUAUUAUGAACAAAUCUGUAACCUCGCAAUUCAUGCACCAUUUCUGUAAGAAUCUCGAUGUUUACUGUGGACCUAUGCAAGACUGUCUUAAUGAGUUUGCUUUAAAAGCCGUUGAAGAUGGCAUUGAUUUAGAUGUGAUAGCGCUUGGGGAUGAAAAGAGCAAGUUUUCUACUUUGUUGUCAGAAAUGUUCCAAAGAGAGUGGCGAUCUGUGGACGAAGGAAAUCCGGACGUUCGAGAAGAGCGAAUUUUGAAAAUGGUUUUAUCAUGGUCAACUUUCCGUCAAUUUCUGAAAAGCUUAUAUAAAAGUAAGAAGUGUGCAAGUUUCCUCUCGGAAAACUGCCAGACAAAUAUAGAGAUUGCCAUAACAGUAGUGCAUUCAUGCGCAGCCUCUCUUAUCGAAGGAAAUAUAAACAUCGGGACACUUAGAUAUAUUCAGAAGCAUAAAACUACGUUCUGUGAGGUUGUACAGGAAGUCAUGCAGGACAAAGAUGUAAAGAUCAUAAGUAGCGCUGUAGACAUAAGAAUGAAAGAAGUACAAGCUUUUGAAGAACAAGCUGACCAGAUGAAAAUAUUAGUAGAUUUGUGUUCACAUUUACCGACAGUAUGUACAGGCUCCAUAGAGACAGUCCUUCAAAAAUUUGUAGAUAUUGAAAACUAUCAAGUAUCAGAAUUCUGCAAUACAAACGCCCUCAAUGAAGAUAUUAGACUUGAACAAUUCUAUCCUGAGGUUUAUGCGUUUGACGUUCCUGACGCAGUAUGCCGCAUAUUACCGAACUUGAAAAUGCACAAAAGCAGUUUUGUGUUUGAGAAAAUGUGGGACAAUGGUUGUAGGGGUAAACAGUGUACAACACUUGGUGACGUAGUUGGAAAUGUGUGGUUUCCGGUGAAAUGGAGAUGGGAUCGGUUUGUCAAUAGUGUUGCUACUGGCGACAUUUUGUUUCAAGAAUUUGAUGAAAUGGUUGGGAACAUCUACAAAGAUGAUGAACAAGGCUUAUUUGCAGAACUAAGAAAAAUGAGCAUCCCUGAUCGGUGUGCAAGAGAACGCAUCGAACAGCUGAAACAGUACACGAAAUUAGAAUCCUGUGUAAAAGGAGCAAAAGUUAUUAUGGAGGUCCAACAUAAGUAUGCAUUGAACGGGGACUUCAAACCAGUAGAAAACAUAGUCGAACACACUAACAGAAAUUUCAAAAUGAAAGCAUUUGACCAGUCUCUGAUGAAAACAUGCGUCUUUCUUGAAGAAAUUACUGCAGAAAGAGCGGCGUGUCUUUCAGCCUUUGUGGAUUGUAGCAAUUUAGUCAUGUGGCUUAGAGAGUCGAUGCAACAAUUGAAGGAGUUAAAGGUGUUUGUCGAUUUAGCCAUCAUGUCAGCUGGAGAUGAUCCCAUGAAUUUAGGAAAAGUUGAAUGUCUCCACACUGCAGUGACUGGAUAUUCUUCACUGAUAUUCGAUCUGAAACCUGAUUCCGGCUAUGGAGACUUGCUUGACCAGUGCAAGAUUGUUUGGAAAGAUUUAAAAGCUAGUCCUAACUUACCACACAUGCUGGUUGAUACAAAUAGAGAGUUGGAAUGGUUGAAGGAUGUCGAAAAAGCUCAUGGAUCAGUAGAGGUCACAUCUUUCAUCCAAGCCGAUGCCAUAAACAGUGAUGGAAUCUAUACAAUUGGUCGAAUGGCAUGGUCAAAUGACGGCACGAUUAAUUCAAGAGACAAACCGUCAUUGGUCGUUGAAGACGUACUAAGAUUAACCGUUCGUCCACAAACGGGCAAGAGACAAAAACGGGAUUACACACUAACAAAGCUGCAAGAUUUGACUAGCAGACUGAUGCUUGUUGCAGGGAAAACUGAAAAUGGAAACGAGAGCGUAGAGAACUUCCUUACAACAUUUGAUGGUGUUGUACGACUGUGCAAUGUGUAUACACAGUUAUGUGCAGCAGGAUGUGUACUUUUUCAAGACUGGUCAGUAAGAUGUUUAUGUGACGUAAGCAGACCAGCUGCCUUAAUACUUCAGUUUGGACAAGGCCGUUGUUUACCUACGAUAAAGGGUUUCAGGUCAAGAAACGAAGAUUUGAAGGACAUAGUUCCAGAGCUUGCAAAAUUCAUGGAAAAUUGUUUAAGACAGUGGCUGCAGCAUAUAAAAGACAAACGCAGGCAAUAUGUUCACUUAAACUUCUUCACAGUGGACCAGUUAGUUAUCCUUCAGAGAGAACUUGUAAAAGUUGGAACAGAGGAGCUUCCAUCCCAUUUGAUAUAUCCACUGCUUUCAGCAGUGAAACAGAACUGUACCCCAGCCGAUCUUAUGGAGGCUAUGGUGGCUGCUAAAGAUGAGAUUGAUGGUAGGAAUCUUCAAACUGAAGAUGGUCAUCAGAGUGAAACUGAUUAUGCAGAUGAUAAUGGUAUUCAAGAUGAGAAGAGAAUUAUCUUUAUCAAAGAGUUAGUCCGGUCCGGGUAUGACGAGGCAUUGGCAGUUGAAGCCCUUGAACAUGUAGACCCUGAAGAUAUUCCGCAAGGUAUCGUAUGGUGCAUGGACCAUGAAGAAAGUACGGAUGCUGAUCAGAAACAAAAUAGUUAUGAGGAUAGUGAACCUACGAUAGAGAACAUUCCACUACCUGACUUUAGAGGAUGGAGCCAAUCAGAAACAUCUCUGCAAACCAUGAUUACUUCUAGUGUAUCGGGACUAGCAAAACAAGACGACGAAGGAUCUAAACCGUUACUUAACAAAUUGGUUGUUUUGUGGGAGCAGUUCCUUGCAUCAAUAACAUCCAACAUACGUGAUUACCUUAGUUUGGAACAUCUCGGACUCAUCUUGAGGUGUCUGGCUGUUAAGAACUCAGUACAAAUUAAUAGAACGUUUCCGCCUAGUUUUAUAGAAGGACAGCCAAAUAUAAUUGUGUGCCCAUCAGCUGAUGUUAUUGUGACUACCCUGUCAAUCUACAUGCGGGACAGAAAUCAGCCUUUGCCACAGGCUGAUGAAAUACUAAUGUGCACGGCUGCAACAACAAAAGAUGAAGUUGACAUAUUUUGGCGGCGAGCUAUAUUCGGAAGAAGCCGUAAGAUUUACUGUUUGAUGAAUGCAGACAUGUUAGGUUACGACGCGAGUGAAGCGGCGGAGAGAUGUCUUGAGGAAUACUUACAAGAAGCUUAUUUUGAUAAAGAUUUGAAAUACCGCCUGUUGGUUAUUUGUGGUUCAGAUAAUGAGUACCGAUCAACAAUCGUGUCAUCGCUGGACAAAUACAAGAGACAACCUCUUCCAGUAAAUAAUGUUCAUCUUCGUGAAUAUAUUGCUUCAAAGCUGCGUACUGAAUUUCAGAACACGUCUGUAGUAUCCCCUGCUGCCUAUGUAGACAGUCAAAAUUCAACAGUACGUUUGAUAAAAUCAUGGAGAGCAGGUGUUGGGAAAACUUUGUUCAAGACUAGGCAAGUGGAAAAGCUUCAGAGUCUAAACGAAGAAAUUAGACGUGAUGGUAUCUCCAUUCCACUUCAUGAGAAAACAAUAAAUUUGCACUAUGUUAUUGAAAGACUGCUAGAGCACACACAACAUCCAGGGGAAGUAACAGCAAGGCUGUUUCAUAUAGACGUUGCACAUGAGGUGGAAAAUGGUGUGGAUUACCUUUUGUUCAACCUGCUGAUUCUGGGAUGUCUGAUGGAUAAGACUGGAUUUGUAUGGCGAAAAUCCUCCACUGACAUCUACUUGAUCGAAACAAUGCCUCUCUUGUUGCAAACAGCUAACAGAAUGGGCACGGAAUGGCACUAUCUGCAUUCAAUGCUUAGUUUAUUGCCUGACAUGAUAUGUAGGUCACCAAAGGAAUGCUUGAACAUAUACCAAGGAAAAGGAACAGGACCAUGUGAUCACAAAGAAUCUGAUCAACUGUUUGAUGAAAAGCUAUUUAGAAGUCCAGUAUUUCAAAGACCAUUUCAAUAUUUGCUGCGACUGGAACAGGAAAGAAAUUUUCAAGAUGUGCGGCCGCACAAUACAGAAGGAACGCCAAUGAUUUGUUUAGAAUUACUGCUCAGUCAUUGUGGGAUACAGGACCCUUCCUGGUCUGGUAUACAUCAUUUUGUAUGGUUUCUCAACACCCAGCUGGAAGCCUUUGAAGAAAACAACUUUGUUAGUCCAGCAGCUGAUAAACACCUACCAGGAUUUGGACAGUUUCUACUCAGAUUCCUCAUUUUGAUGUCAAGGGAUUUUUCAACACGUUCUCUUAAUAUAAGUGAAGAGACACCUGGGUUGAGACAUCAUUUAGCACAACAAGAACAAAAGAUGGAUGAUGUAAACAAUGAAAAUGAUGGAAAUCAAGCAGAGCUAAAACAAUACCAGAUGAGACGAACUUGGGAAAGCAGCCCACAUCCAUAUCUGUUUUUCAACUCGGAUAGAGCAACAUUUACUUUCCUUGGGUUUUUUAUCGAUCGACACACUGGAAAUCUUAUUGAUCUGCAAACAAAAGCUGUGUUAGAGGAAGGUAUAAUGUCGCAGAAUCUCUAUAAGGGAUUGGUCAGAAACAAUGCUCCAUUACAAGAAGAUUUUGACUCGCUAAAAAGGCACGAAAAGAUCGUAAAGUUGUGUAAGGUCAUGGGUAUAGAUAUGGAACAUGAUCCAGAUGACACAUACGAGCUUACAACAGACAACGUCAAGAAAAUGUUAGCCAUUUACAUGAGAUUCAGAUGUGAUAUUCCUGUUAUUAUCAUGGGAGAAACCGGAUGUGGUAAAACCAGGCUGAUCAAAUUCAUGUGCUCUCUUCAAAUGCCCCCAGGACUCCCAGUCACAAAUAUGUUACUGAUGAAGGUUCAUGGUGGGACAACUAACAGAGAUAUAAUAAAAAAGGUUGAAGAAGCGGAGAAACUUGCACAUGAAAACAGGGAAAACUUUGGACCACAUAUGUAUACAGUGUUGUUUUUUGACGAAGCAAACACAACAGAAUCGAUUGGUCUCAUAAAAGAAAUCAUGUGUGACAAAACAAUUGAAGGAAAGAAAUUGAAGCUUUGUGAAAACCUCAAAAUCGUGGCUGCGUGUAAUCCGUAUCGAAAACAUGCGGAUGAGCUUAUCAAGAAAUUAGAGCAGGCAGGACUUGGGUAUCAUGUAGAUGCUGAUGAGACAACAGACAGACUAGGUCGUGUUCCAAUGCGACGUUUGGUAUACAGGGUACAACCUCUACCACAGAGUUUGCUUCCCCUUGUGUGGGACUUCGGCCAGUUGAACACACAAAUAGAAGACCUGUAUAUCAGGCAGAUGGUCAGACGAUAUAUUCGAGAAGAUAAGCUACCGGAGGUAGAAGGAUUAACAGAGGUAGCCAGUUCAAUCUUGACCACUUCCCAAUACUACAUGAGACAACAGAAGGAUGAGUGUAGUUUUGUGUCUUUGCGGGAUGUUGAUAGAGUCUUGUUAGUGACGAGUUGGUUUUACGAGCAAAGUCAGGGAGAAAGAACCCUUUACAGGUGUAUGGAUGCAAAACUGUUUGGGAAUCAGAAUGAGCAAGAAAAUGAGAGAGUGGAUGAUUUGACGCGUUCACUCAUUCUUGCACUAGGUGUUUGUUACCAUGCAUGUUUAAAAAAGAGGAAACAGUAUCGUCGUUAUAUAGCUAGCUACUUCAAACUGCCGUGUCCCUUGCCAAAUGGGGAUAAACAAAUAAAGGCUGAAAUUGAAACUUGCCAAGAUGUUUUCCUUGAACAAGUUCACCUAGAUAAGAAGAACAUUGCCCGCAACAUGGCACUGAAGGAAAACGUAUUCAUGAUGGUUGUGUGUAUAGAACUUCGUAUCCCACUGUUCCUUGUUGGCAAACCUGGAAGCUCAAAGUCACUUGCAAAAACGAUAGUGUCUGAUGCUAUGCAAGGAAAUGCAGCACGGGAAGCGUUAUUCAGAGAACUGAAACAAGCACAGAUGGUCUCAUUUCAAUGCAGUCCACUGUCUACUCCGGACGGGAUAGUCGGCACAUUCCGACAGUGUGCUCAGUUCCAGAAAGAGAAAAAUUUAGAAACAUUUGUUUCCACUGUGGUACUUGAUGAAGUUGGAUUGGCGGAGGAUAGCCCCAGGAUGCCCUUAAAGACUCUACACCCACUCUUGGAAGAUGGAUGUCAGGGAGAUGAAAAACCGGAAAAAUACAAAAAAGUUGCCUUUAUUGGUAUUUCAAACUGGGCCUUAGAUCCAGCUAAAAUGAAUAGGGGAAUUUUAGUACAGAGAGAAGUGCCUAACUUGAAGGAGCUGCAAAAUAGUGCAAGAGGUAUAUGCAAGACAGACGAAGGUCUUGGAAAUUUGAUUAGACCAUUGAUAGAACCUAUGGCAAAGUCUUAUCUUGAAAUAUUUGAGAAGGCGACAGAGCAGAUGAGAGAGUUUUUUGGGCUGAGAGAUUUUUACAGCCUAGUAAAGAUGGUAUUCAGAUUUGUUGAAAAGGCAAAGAGGAAACCAACCUCGCAUGAAAUGUUACAUGCUAUCAAAAGAAACUUCGGCGGACUUGAUCAAAUUGAUCCUGUGCAGAGCUUCAGGAGAAAUUUAGCAACAGUUGAUUUUGGAAUGCCAAGUGGACCAGAUCCCGACAAUAGUCCUGCCGCUCUUAUUGAAGCAUGUCUGUUUGACACGUUUGACCUGAACAGUGAGAGUCGAUAUCUGUUACUAUUAACAGAAAACUAUGGAGCACUCGCUAUUGUACAGCAACUGAUUCUGUCGAGGAGUACCAGACCUAUUACACUAUUUGGAAGCAGUUUCAGAAGUGAUCAAGAGUACACACAGGUGUGUCGGAACAUCAACAAAAUCAAGAUUUGUAUGGAGACGGGUAAAACUGUGGUGUUACUGAACCUUGAGAAUCUGUACGAAAGCCUUUAUGAUGCGCUCAAUCAGUACUACGUGUAUUUUGGCGGGGCAAGAUACGUUGACCUUGGACUUGGCACACACAGGGUCAAAUGCCCUGUGAAUGAAAAUUUCAG